UCCUCCAUCACGGCAGCAGGAAGAAGAACCAGAGAGCAAGAAGCAAUAACAAACAACCUUAGCAAACGAAGUAGCGCAACUUUUGGAAACCCAACAUACAGGAAAAGUCUCUCCCUUCCUGGAACAAACACAUUGAUUGUUUACACACUACUAAUCGUGUAUAAUACGAUGUACACGGACCACAAAGAAGACGUAUAGGAAUCUGUCACCGAGGCUGCUUAACUGUUUAGUGCAACUGUAAGUGACUGAGGAUGGUUCACACUGGUGUGUGGCGCGUGGGAGCUCGAUGGAGUGUCCUUAUUGUGUUAUAUUGCAGCGUACUGCUCCACUCACCCACACAUGCCUAUAUCUAUGCUCAUUAUAGCAAUACGACCCCCAUGUUAUUUGAGGACCUGCCCGCCUUGUUUGGCUCCCCACUUCCUAAGGAUGGACUAAUGGGAGUUUUGGUGGUUUCCCGUCCACUAAAUGGUUGUACGACAAUGGACCCUCCUCCUCCGUUGCCACCAUAUUACGAUGCCAACACCACUAAAUUCAUCGCUCUCAUCCGACGCUAUGAUUGCAAUUUUGAUUUAAAGGUGUUGCACGCACAGCGAGCCGGAUUCAGUGCUGCAAUAGUUCACAACAUGUAUUCAAACACUCUGCUAAAUAUGAACUACAGCAAUGAUACUGUUGCUGAGGAGAUUGAGAUCCCCUCAGUAUUCACCAGCUACCAAGCCUCUCUGUAUCUCAGGAAGAUAAUUCCAGAACCAGGGUCUUAUGUGAUCCUCAAGCCGGAGUUUGCUUUUCCACUCUCGUACUACCUUAUUCCCUUCACUGGAGUUGUUGGAAUGAUCAUUAUUGUGAUGUGUGUCGUUCUGAUUAUUCGAUGUGUACAGUACAGGAAAAGGAUAAGGAAAAAUCGCUUGUCUAAGGAGCAACUGAAGCGGAUUCCAACACACCGGUUCCGUAAAGGUGAUGACUAUGAUGUGUGUGCAAUCUGCCUGGAUGAGUAUGAAGAAGGAGACAAGCUGCGAGUUUUACCUUGUUCACAUGCCUACCACUGCAAGUGUGUAGACCCAUGGCUCACGCUGACCAAGAAGACGUGUCCUGUGUGCAAACAGCGCGUCACCCGGAGCAACACAGAGCACUCCGAGUCCGAGUCUGAGGACGAAUCCGGAGGUCGUGGGGAGGAAGAAGGGACAGAGGGUGAAGCAGACUCAGAACGCACUCCUCUGCUCCGGCCCUCCAACCCGGGGUCCCCCUCAGGAAGCCCAGGGGCCUAUUCAGCCACCACCACCACCACUGCCCAGUGCCUCGCCUCUCCUGUACACUGCGAUUCGCCCAUCCUGGGCUUUGAGGGCUACCACUCCCCCCUGGAGGACACGGACUCAGAAAGCGAUGACGCAGGAGAGGACAGGCAACACACUGAUGACGACACUGCUCAGCUCAUUGGUAGGGAUAGAGUGGAGAUCUGAUGACCAGAAAGAGAUUACCAAGUUUUACUUAAAAGGGUCUUUGUCAUUGGGUGUACUGUUAUCACACUGAUAAACUCAGAUUUGUGGUUGGCUAGACAUUUAUAGUAACAGAAUCUUUUACUCAGUAACCAGAGGAGGUCUACUUGUUGGUGUCAAAGCAAAUGCAGCACAUGCAUUGAUCGGUUUUUACAAAAAUCCAACAUUGAGAAUUACUUCUUCACACAUUCACUCCAAUAUUUGUCCUUGGACCUUCUUGUUUAAUGCAUGUUUUAAUUCAUAACUUGACCUAACCACUAGUGCUGCACACAAUAAAUGGGCCACUUAAAUAUCUCAGUAAUAUGAUGUGCUGUAGAGUAAGAGUGUGACUGGUAGAUGAAGCCUGUGUUGCUAAAACAGAACAAAUUCAGUGCUCGCACUUAAAGUGGAUCUUCAAGGUUGUCCAUGUGAGGUUUUUAAGUAAGGUUAAUGACUCUCUGUUGUCUUGAUGAUAAUUGUUUUAUAUCUGGAGUCCUUUUUUCUUGCUUCAACUUGUUCCCUAACAACAGUGUGCAAGUUGAGAGGAAAUGCUUGUCUUCAUUUUAUUUUUUUUUUAAUCCCCCUGGCUCUCUUUUCACAUUUUCUAACAGCUAUAUUUCAGUUUUUUUGAAAUAUCAGAUUAUUUUCAAAUCCACAGUAAAUUAAGCUAUCCUAGAAUAUCGCAAAGAUGUUAUACAUUUCUGCUGCUUUCACAUUGUUAUCAAAAAUACUGUGUGGUCAGUUUAAGAAACAUAUUUUUAGCUUUAUCCAGUUUGUCAAGUUGAACAAACUCAGGUUAUAGCAACAAAGUGAAGGUCAGUUGGUAUUGUAAGUGAAUAACAUAGCAAAAUUAUUGUGGGUUUUGGUUUUAUGAAUUGCUUUACCAUUUUUAAAUCCGUACAAUAUAGGUUAAUGAAUAUUUAAUAGGCGUUUUUUUUUUCCAUUUUUAUACACAACAGAAUGAAGGAGGUGUUUUUAGGAAGAAAAAAAAAGAGCAUUGCCUUACGUUGGCCUUACAUUGGCCUUCAUGUACAUGUGUGUGUUAAAUUAAAUGUCGGGAAAUUAAAGGGACAGGAUUCACACUCCUUUUGUUUUCCUCUCGUCUAGCUGUAGAUGAUACUGCUGAUCUAGGUCCAUGUCUGAAACUGUGCUCCAGAUUUGUUUUGAUGAACAAGAAACAGAACGCCUGUGUUUCCACAUGUUUAGUGCUAGUGAUGAUACAGAUAGCCAGCCAACACAUUGCUUGAUUUGCACCUUUUGCUCGACGGCUGAGAAACAAGAUUGUUUCUCUACUUUAUAAGAUGACCUUUGCGAGGUCCGUGCUGUUGAUUUGUAUAAAGAGCAGUACAAAUAGAAAACUUAAAAGUUGUUUUAGCCAAACUGUUUCACUGCUCCACACAAAUAAAUGCACAGUUUUUACCUUCAUCAUGAAAUUCAUAACUGGAAUUUUUGUGUUUAAUGUAUAGCUUGAUAAUGUUACAGGGUGUAAAACUUUAAAUUCACUGUCCUCUAUAACAAAAACAAGUUCUCCAGAAGUUUUAAGAAUUGUUUCAUCGAUCAAAAUAAUGCAUCCUGUUUGAAAAACCUCAACUAUAAACCAGUAUCUGUACCACAUCAGAGAGGGGACCAUACAUUUCCCCCCUAAACACCAUAACUACGUAUGAUAACAGAGGAAAGGUUAAAAACAAUACAUAUGUCUUGUUUGUCUGAAGAUUAGGAGAGAGGCUGUAGGACUGAAAUCAAUACAUUCCAUCUUUAUAUCCGACUGAUGAUCGAUGAAAAGACUCCACACUAUCAAGGUCUGAUUGGGACUUGUUGGCAAUAGUCCGUCUUGUAAAAUAGAACAGCUGUUUUCCUAUUUACAGUAUGCUUCAAAUGUCUUUUUGUAUUGUACCUUUUUAUUUGUUGUUUUUUGCUCUCUAUGUCUCGAUUUUAGAGACUGUUAACUGAAAUGAAUGGAAAAAAAUAUAAUCCCCAGAUUCAUUGAUUCUUUACCCUUCUUCUUUUAGAAUGUGCCUAGUUUAUCACAUUUAAAUACUAAAUACUAAAAUAAAUGUACAGUGUCAAGUAUAAUUUCCAUGUAAAAAGCAGGUUUGGGGAUCCUUAGGAUGUCUAAACAGUCUGUGGAAAGAUGCAUUUAAUGUGUGAUUUGUGGAAGAUUAAAUGAUACUGAAAUGGGA